AUGCAUAGCACAGAAGAUGGUUCGAUUAGUCAAAAUGAAUGGGAUGGUUACUAUUUAAAUUUUCCUGGACACCGGUAUAACAUCAUGACAAUCAAUAUUGCUGAAUGCUUAAAUGGAAUAUUGAGGGAUGUUCAAAACUUACCUAUUGCAAAGUUGAUGGAUCAUCUGCAGGAUAGGGCUAGAGUCAUGACUAUGGAGCCUAUUAGUAUAAAUACUUUUCUUGUGAAAGACGGUGAUGUUGGAGGACAAGUGGAUUUGGCCAGCAGGACUUGCUCCUGUAGAUUUUUUGAUCUUGACCAGAUAACUUGCGUCCAUGCAUUUGCAGCAUGUAAAGUUAGGAAAUUACCAACAAUUUCCUUGUGGUCGCCUUAUUACCGUACUGAUAUGUUUCUACUGGCAUACGCAGAACCAAUCAACCCUAUUUUGAGCACAGACACUAAUGUGUUGAUUGAGGAAGUGAGAGUUCUGCUACCACCAGCAACCAGGAGAAAAAGUGGGAGACCAAGGAAACGUUGA